AUGGAGUCAAGUGUAACUGGAAUAAUCCGCGGACCAGGCAACAACAGAGAUAAUGGGAAAAAUACAUUGUUGCAACUGGAAUACAAGCCGACGGAGCCAAGUGCUCUUAGUGGGAAAUUAGAGACUGAGAUAGAGAUUCAAGCACCUGCUGCUAAGUUCUACAACCUCUUCAGAAAGCAACUUCAUCAUAAUCCUAAUAUCUCUACAGAGAGAAUACAUGGUGCUAAAGUGCAUCAAGGUGACUGGGAAAAUGUUGGUUCUGUCACACACUGGGAUUAUACCAUUGAAGGGAAAAAGACAAGUCUAAAGGAGAAAAUUGAAGCCAUAGAUGAUGCUAACAAGUCGAUCACUUAUAGCCUCUCUGAUGGGGAAAUCAGUGAGAGUGACAAGAGUUUAAAGUUCACACUACAAGUGAUUGAUAAGGAAAAUGCGGGGCUUGUGAAAUGGACCUUACAAUAUGAAAAGAUUAAAGAGAAUAUUGUAGCUGCAUCUCCUGAUUCUUACUUGAACUUUGCUGCUAAGGUCACAAAAGAUAUUGAUGCUCAUCUUGUCAAAGCAUAG